AUGUAAGAUGCGAGAUUCCCGAUGCGUUGCGAGUCCCUGGUUCCGAUGCUAUUUCUGAUGAACAUCCUGCUGACCAGCACGGCGAACGCUGCCCCGCGGAACGACCCGCGCUACAAGCCCGGCUCCCUGUUCUGCAAGGCGAACAUGAGGGCCAGCCAGAUGGCCUCGAAGGCCGCCAAGGAGGCGAAGGAGGCCAAGGACGCCCAGCCGAAUGCGGGGGAGUGUGCGGGUCAGAGGGCCAAGGCCAUGCUGGCGGACAGGGCGGCGCAGGCGGCCAAGGCUGCGGAGGCGGCUCUCAGCGGCAAGAAGCAGCUGCUGGACGAGUUCAACAAGAAUCUGAACGAAACGAAGCGAGUCAUCAAGGAGAUCCAAAGGGCGAUAGCCGCCAGCACCUGCACCGCGAAGAAGGCCAAGGGAAUCCGUGAGAAGAUCAAGCGAACCGUGGCCAACAUGCAAUGUCUCUUCCAGGAGAUGGUGGCCAGUCUGGAGAUCGUUCGCCGAGUGGCCCACAAUGCCCAGAAAGAGGUCAUGGAGAAACGCAAUCUCCUCGAGGCGGCCAAGCGGCGGGUGGAGGAGCUCCACAACUGCAUGGAUCAGGCGCAAGUCGAUCUGGACAAGAACAGAGAGAGCGCCAGAAAGGCAAGUGCCUCCGCCAACGAGGCCAAGCAGAGGAUAGACACAGUCCGGAAACUCGUGUCCAAGAUCAAGAACCUUAAGCGAAAGGAUCUCCAGUCCCUGAAAAGGUUACUGCGCAAAAGGAGGAGAAGGAGCAGCCAGGCGCAAACUCACCUGAGUUGAUUGUUUUGUUGAAGGCAAUAAACAUGUUUAUAUUUUGCUAUU